UUGCAGUCGCUUGAUAGUUUCAGGAAAGCAUCCUCUAUUUUGGGUAGUGAGCUGUGGGAGGAUAUAUUAUUUUGGUUCUUUGCUUGGCCUUGUUAAAAGUUUUAGUUUGGAUGUUGAGAAAGGUUAGGUUAUACGGCGAUAAUCCCAGCGUACAACAGACCCAGUCUCAGAUUGCGUCUGGGGAGCUGCAGGGUGUCGCUGGUGGAAGGGGUGAGUUGAGGUGUCUGGGAGGUGAGACAGACACCGCAUGUUCAUAUGGUGUAUGUUCGUUUGUUAACGGUUCCGCCCAUUGCUCUGGGUGCGUGGUCUAUGGCCCUAGUGCUAUGGCAGCCACCUGAGUAUUAUUAUUAUUAUUACUAUAAUGCUAUUUCGUUUUUGAGUUACAUGUAUGCGAGUUCAAUCUGAAGAAGGAGGAGAAGAUGAACAAACUCCCUAUCAUGGCCCCAUACAUCUAUGAUGCUAGGUCUCGUGUGGAGACGUCAUGUGCUUGACUGAGAGCUCAGGCAGUGAGGCCCAAACUAACGUGACUGUGGCAGGAAAAGCCAGGAUCGGCAGGGUGGGGAUCCAGGUCAUCCCUGGAGCUGCAGCCUCUCAGGGUCUCUACAUUUUUAAGUCUGGUCACCGAUAUGAGGGCAAUUAUGUACAAAACAAGAAGCAUGGUCAAGGGAUCUUCCUGUAUCCAGAUGGCUCCAAAUAUGAUGGAGAAUGGGCAGAUGAUUUACGAUGUGGUUAUGGAGUGUACAAAUAUGCAAAUGGUGACACUUAUGAAGGAGAAUGGAGCAAAAACCUGCGCCAUGGCCAGGGUACCUACACAUAUAUUACGACCAACGUGAAGGUUGUUGGUACCUGGGUAAAUGGAGUUAGGGAAGGUGGAGGUGAGAUGAUAUUUCCAAGUUACAUAUUCAAAGGAAGCUUCUCAAAGGACCAGCCCCAUGGACAGGGAAAACACAUUUUUCAAAGUAUUAACUGUGAACAAGACGGAAAGUAUGUAGUAAGCAAAAUGGUGAAUGCCGAGGCAGAGGAUGAUGAGAAUGCUGUCACUACCAAUGUGAAGUGGAUUGGAAUGGACAUAUACCCAAUAAAUCCUGAACAAGCUGCAUAAUAGUUCAAUAAUGGCAACAUUGUCAUAAUUAAAGUUCCUACCCCCCCUUGUAUGCCCCAUGCCAGUGUGACGGGCCACUACAGCGCAUGACAAAGUUUACUCUAUGACUGUAUGGUGAAGGUGGUACUGUGCCCUUACUGCCACUUCAUACGUAGCUCUCUGAAGCUAACCAUUUUGG